AAUUUAUUGCGCAACAUGCACCAGCCAACUGUCGCUCUGAUAGUUAUUAUUAUACCCUAAGAAUGCAGCUAUUUGACGUGUUUGGUUGAAGAAAUUCGUGCAGACAAACUAUCAACGAGCAACGACAACAGUUAUCGAUACACACAGGCAGUGGAAGCAGCAAGGCUUUGAUCAAGCCGGGCAGUGUUCGCCGGGCCGCCGCAGACGACGGCAGUCUUUGCCCGAAAGGACGUAACAGAGCGAGGAGCAAAUGGCAGAACAAAGCUACAGCCGGAGCGAGCGGUGCCAACAGGGCCGGGAAGAACUGCUCCGCUACGCCAUCUGGAACACCUGGCGAAUGCAGGGCGGCGAUCUUCGUCCCUACGUCGAUCCGCCAUCUGUCGACGUUGGUGCUGACCCUAGCAGCGCCUUAGGUGGAGACUUGUCCUCUAGCGGGUCCAGUACGAGCAGCAGUUCCGAUGACUUGCACUGGGUCUCCCCGUCGGAGAGGGGAGCGCUUUUAGGAACUACCAGCGCGCCCGGCUUGUAUAAUAACAUGCAGACAGACGAGACUUGCCCCAGCGGAUGUUACGAAUGUGAGAAGGAGAGAGGCGUUACCGCAGGCAGUCCGGACAAUGUUGAACGCUGGUCAGAAAUGGACGGAAUCGAAACUACGGACGAGUGCCCGUGCUGCACUGCCGUAGCUUGCAACGUUUCUGGAUCUAAACAACAAAGCAAAAUGGUAGCCUUCUUCGAGGAUCCAAUAAGGAAACGUGCACGGGAAGCGCAGGAGCGGAGUAAGAAAUGCCAGGAGCAGCGGCAGCAUCUGCUUCGAACUGCCUUAUGGAACAGCUGGUGCGCCAAGAGCAGAGCACUCUGCCAGGAGCCAGAGAGUGAUGGCUCAAUAUCCGAGUCAAAUGAAACUAUGAAGUCAGAAACAAGCGAACUGCUAUCGCUCCCACAGGCCGUAGCACAUCGUGCUUCUGACAGUUCCCCUGUAGUCGGAGAAUGCAGUUGCGCAAGCAGCACCUUCCACAAAGAAGACAAUUCUAGCGAGCCGUUGAACUGCGCCUCGAGCAAAUCCAGUGAUUGGUCAGGAGAAAACGUCAUGGUGAAAGCACACUCUGAAAGCAGUGGCGUCGAAGAGUCUUCCAAUAGCUUUUGCAUCACCAGUUUUGAAGACGGCACUCAAUUGCAUGACACGUCGUGUGGAAACAGCUGUUCUGACUCAGAAUGUUCUAGCAGCGACGAGUCAGAGUUCAGCUGGUCAGACUACGAGGGAUCUGACGAGUUCGACGAGACUGAUGAGUGAUCAUGUGACACCCCCUCAUUCUUUUGCACUCUCCAGUGUGAGGAUGCAGUCGGGAAUAUUUUAAAUCCUCACUGUAAAGGAGAAUACAUUGAGAAGAGCUGAGAGGAUAACAAACAUCACAGAAGAAAACUUUAAAUAUUUUUAUUUUAGUUAUAUACGUAGAAUAGCCUGAAUAACCUAGGAAAAUUUUAGUUCUUCACUUUUGUAAUGAGUACUGCAUUUAUAUUUUCCUAUGUUUAUUAGGAAUUUUAACUUGCGUUAAAGAGUAAGGUGGUAAUACUCAUGAAGUAUGAAUCGUCUUUCACGUAGGCUCCAUCGUUCCCAAUCCUCCACGCCUAACUGCAUUAAUCGCCCAAUCAUUUCAUUAUCACAGAACGAUUAAUUUUUUCGUUCUCGUCUACAGUUCUUCAGUAAAUGUACUAUUAACAGAUGAAAAACGUAAAUCGUCAGUUUCCAUAUAGUCCAAGGUUGGCUGACGAGAUAAAGUAGAUGUUGAGACGAGAUUUCGGUUACUCGAAUCCCUGAACCAAUGUUUCACAGUGGCCUAACUAUUGAGCGUGAGACUUUCCUCCCUCCUGUGCUCAAUUCGACAGCAGACAGAGCUGCAGAUACGAUGUUUGGAAGAGCAACGAUAAGCGGGAAUGUAUUAGAACGUCCAGUUCCUAAAAGUGUAGGUUUCUAUUUAAGGUUUCUAUUUAUUUCCUCUAGUGCAGCGAUAUUAAUGGCAUUAUGUGCUAAUGAAUAACGCUGCAGUGAAGCUGCUCUUAACUCCUACUAAAACUGAAAAUGUAAAAACACGAUAGCUGAUUAUUUCAAACGUUUUGUGGUCCUAAUGGAAAAACUAUCAACCGUUUCUUGUACAUAACACCUUUCCCCAGACAUAUAAUUACAAUGAGGGGGCAACCGAAUUAGUUGUUUAUAUACCAAAGAAAAGGUAAGAAACUCUAUUUACCUAUUAUAACAAUAUUUGAUAGAAUAUCAAUACGGGACUGCGUAUUAGUUUUCACGACAGUCAGACAAAGUAACCAAUUCAGAGUUGUGGAUUUAUGAAGACGUCUGUGGUACACAUGAAGAUCCUUAUUCUUACAUUUCACAGAUUGUAGGAUCACUUACAGCAAGAUUCGGACAUCACGUUCUACCUAGUGCGAGCAACUUAGUUAUUUCUCAGCUUUACAGGAAGAAACACGUCGUACCAAUUUAGAUGAAGUUUUGCUUGUGCUUCAAAAAGUUUGCCAGUGACGCGUUAUUGACAUAUUGAAACAAAUUUUAAAUUACAAUCACUUCAAUAAUUUUCGGAUAAAAUACGAAACGGAGUUAAACAAUAGGUUCUUCUAGGAAAUUUCCAUGUAACUGUGAAACAAUAUCAUUUUUAUCUGAUUCUCUCCUAUGUUUGGAGCUUGCCUUUCUACCACGGACCACGAUUACACAUUAUUCGCAUUUUAUAGUACUCCUUGAUUUGUGGAGAUAAAUGUUAAUUUACAUUAUUUGUGUUUUGUGUUUUAGUUUUAGUAUUCAGCCUGUUGAAAUGGACAGCAGUCUCAAGAUGUCUUAAUUCAGGCAGUCGAAACUGUGUUCGCAUGGACAUGGGACUAUCAAAGGUCCUUUGUUCGUAGAGACUUGGAAGAAACAUACUAGAGGGUUCGUUCUCUAUCUGCAUUUGAUAAUUUGUGUUCGAGCCAUCAUAUGGUAUUUUAUUAUACUAAAGUUAAUACUGAAAUUUUGUUGGUUGUUUACACCUCAAAUGUGCAAUAAAAUAUACUUCACUUUUA